UUCCGAGGAGUUCGGUUUGCCUUACCAAAAUGGCAAUCAACGAUGUAUAUUGGAGUCUAUGUUGCUGGCCUUUAAGCAAGAGAGAGAAGGGGUACAAAUUGUACGUUUUGAGCUAUAUAUUUUUGGGCAUUUUCCAGGCUUUAUUGGACAGUUGAAGUACAGGGUUAGGGUUACACAGGAAGGGCACAAAGACAGAGCAAGGGGAAUAUUUGCAGCCCAGGGCCCAGUCUACAGGGAUGACACGUACACUGAGAGUUACAUCAGCACCAUCGGGGUGGACUUCAAGAUCAGAACCAUUGAGAUGGAGGGCAAGACCGUGAAGCUGCAGAUCUGGGACACGGCUGGCCAGGAAAGGUUCCGCACCAUCACAUCCAGCUACUACAGAGGAGCCCAUGGCAUCAUCAUUGUUUAUGAUGUCACUGAUCAGGAGUCGUUCAACAACGUUAAGCAGUGGUUGGAGGAGAUCGAUCGCUACGCCUGCGAGAACGUCUCCAAGCUGCUGGUGGGAAACAAGUGUGACCUCACCUCCAAGAAGGUGGUGGACUACGCUACAGCUCAGGAAUUUGCAGCGUCCAUCAAGGUUCCCUUCCUGGAAACGAGCGCAAAGAACGCCGACAACGUGGAGAGGUCCUUCCUCACCAUGGCAGCAGAGAUUCAGAAGAGACUGGGCAGCGAAGGGGUCCAGAACGAGGCGGUCAAGGCCAGCUCCAAGAUCAACAGCGCCCCCCUCUGGCCUGGAGGAGACAAACCCUCAGCACAGGAGGCCAACAAUUGUUGCUAACGCCAUUCCAGACAAGUCUCCUUUUCCCUGUCUCUCUGUCCCAACUGCAUUUCUUCAGACCAGCAAGGGUAGAAGAUCUUAAAAGGAAAAUACAUGGAAUUUGAAAUCUGAAACUUGCAGCUCAGUGUAUUUUGUACUGUGAGUCAACUCUUGACUGAGAAGAGAGUGUGUGCUGACAUGAUUACAGAACUGGGGCUCAGGGAUAGGCCUAAUAUAUAUUGCAGCUCAACCCCUCGACUUAAAAAUUGUGACCAACUUAAAAAACUACCUACAUACCAUUAACAAAAAGAUGUAUAGCUUUAAGUAAUAUUUCUGAGACUUAAUGUUGCCCUCCAGUAAGAUAAAUAUUACAAUCAAGUGGUAUCCAUAUGAGAAAGUGUCAUGAAUUUUCUCCAUUGUUUACCGUCGAAUUGGAGAAGAGGACGCAUAUAAUUAAUUUGUAUUCCGAUAUCAACACAUUGUAAAUUCUUGUGUUAUAGAUAACGUUUGUAAAACAUGUUGACAUUUUUCAUUCCACAAAAAGAUUAUCCAAA